GUAUUAACCUCUAGGUCGGUAUUAUAAAUUCAUAUCUCUCGGAACCGCAGAAGACCCAAUCAAGCAGAACAAUGAAGUUAUUCAUGCUUUAUGGUUGUUUAACUCUUGUAUUGCUGGUACAUGGACAAGACCAAUCAGGCUUCAUAAGUAUUGAUUGUGGAAUUUCCGAGGGUUCAGACUACAAGAAUCCAAAAACAACCAUAUCUUACACUUCUGAUGCGGGAUACAUAGAUACCGGGAUAAAUCACAAUAUCUCUUCAGAUUAUAUGUCUGCUGAUUUUUCAAGGCGGCUGUCAAGCUUGAGAAGUUUUCCCGAUGGAAUCAAGAAUUGUUACACCAUUCAUCAAGCGCAAGCUGGAGGUGACAAGUACUUGAUCAGAGCAUUUUUUAUGUAUGGUAACUAUGAUUCCAAGAAUCAACCACCAGAAUUUGAACUCUACCUUGAUGGGGAUCAAUGGGAUACAAUAAUGAUUGACGAUGCAUCAGAUGUCGUACGAGCAGAAAUCAUACAUAAUGUUCCUGCAACGUCGACUUAUAUCCAUGUCUGCCUUGUGAAUACUGGACUUGGAACACCCUUUAUAUCAGGACUUGAACUAAGGCGGUUGGAUACUUCUAUAUACAAAACAAAUUCUGGAUCAUUGAAACUCUUCAAUCGGAUUGACAUCGGCUCAACUACAAAUGAGAUAGUCAGGUAUUCUGAUGAUGUCUAUGAUCGGAUUUGGUUACCAGAUACCAUUGUGGGGUUUACUCCAUCUGCAUGGGAACCGUUCCGUGCAACUUAUAACAGCGAUACCUUGAGUUCCAACAUCUACAAACUUCCGUACCCGGUCAUGGCCACUGCCGUUAGACCCGUCAAUGGACUUAAAUCGUUGAACUUUUCGGUUGACUCCGCUUAUCAGAGACAGCUGAGGCUCUACGUGUACAUGCAUUUUGCUGAGAUUGAAACACUUGCAGCUGACCAAAAAAGAGAAUUCGACAUCUAUAUCAACGAUGGGCUUUGGUACCAGAAUAUUACUACUGACUUUUUGCAACCAUACACAAUCUUUAACACGUGUGCUGUGAGCGCAGAUUUGCAGCUGAAUUUCUCUAUCCGUGCUACCGAGGAGUCCACUCUUCCCCCGAUUCUCAAUGCCAUCGAGGUUUACGAGGUCCUUGAGUUACUGUCUCCGACUCCAACUAACCAAAGUGAAGUUGAUGCUAUCAGGAAUGUCAAAUCGGUAUACGGGGUGGAGAGGAACUGGCAAGGAGAUCCAUGUGUCCCAGAAGAGUACAAAUGGGAAGACCUUCAAUGCAACUAUGAUAGAAAUUCCACUAGAAUCAUUUCUCUGAACCUCUCAUCGAGCUCAUUAUCUGGCAACAUGGAUGUUUCCUUUUCCGGUCUCACAUCCUUGGAGUCCUUAGAUUUGUCAAACAACAAUUUAACUGGACCAGUGCCCCAUUUUCUUAGCGAACUUCCUUCCUUGAAGACUUUAAACUUGUCACGGAAUAAUUUCACAGGUUCAAUUCCACCAGCCCUCAUUGAAAAAUCAAAAAUUGGAUCCCUUACACUGAGAACGGAAGGGAAUCUACAUCUUUUCCCGGCAGAAAAAUCAUCCAAAUGCCAGGCAGACUCGUGUACUGGGAAGAAAAAUUUUGUUGUACCUGCUGCGAUUGCAUCUAUUGCUUCUUGUCUAGUCAUCGUGGCCGUGAUUCUUGCCAUCUGGUGGAGUUUGAAAAGAAGGAAACAACAAGCGCACAUUGUAAAGUCCAACCCUGAAUAUGAAAUGGUGGAGGAGAAGAAAAGACAGUUUACGUGUUCUGAGCUUAUGACCAUCACUAACAACUUCGAAGAACUACUUGGAAAAGGAGCGUUUGGAUCAGUUUAUGCUGGGCAUUUGACUGACAACACUAAAGUCGUUGCAGUGAAGAUGCUUUCCCUAUCGUCAACUCAUGAAGGGUCUAAGCAAUUUCGAGAUGGGUGUAAGCAAUUUCAAACAGAGGCUCGGUUGUUGACAAAAGUCCGUCACCGAAAUUUGGUUUCUAUAAUUGGAUACUGCAAUGAAGGCCAACACAUGGGGUUAGUGUACGAAUACAUGGCUAAUGGAACCUUAAAAGAUCAUUUAUCAGAUAAAAAUCCAAAGAUCUUGAGUUGGGAAAAGAGACUACAAAUUGCAUGUGAUGCAGCACAAGCAUUGGAAUACUUGCAUGAUGGCUGCAAGCCGCCAAUAAUUCACAGAGACAUUAAGCCUGCUAACAUACUGUUGACUGAAAAUAUGCGAGCAAAGGUUUCUGAUUUUGGGUUAUCCAGAUUAAUGCCCUAUGACGUGCCCUCUGACUGCGGGACUCAUGUCUCAACUUUAGCUGUUGGCACACAAGAUUACAUAGUUGGCACACCAGGAUACAUGGACCCUGAGUAUAUAGCAUCCAGUAAGCUGAAUGAGAAAAGCGACGUUUACAGCUUUGGAGUUGUGCUAUUGGAAUUAAUCACAGGGAAACCUGCAGUACUAAAACCCCCUGAAAACACUCCUUUGGUCAAGUGGAUUGUGUCUAUGGUUGAGAGAGCUCAAAUCAAGGAAAUCUUGGAUUCGAGGUUGAAUAGUGAUUUUGACACCAACUCUGCUUUGAAGGCCUUGGAGACAGCAAUGCCAUGUGUGGAACUCAGUUCAAAUCGAAGGCCAGAGAUGAGACAAGUUGUGGUAAAUUUAAGAGAGUGUUUGGAGAUGGAGAAAGCCCGUGUUAGGGCUCGGAAGGAGAAUGAAGAGCACAAUUUUGCAUUCGACAAUAAAGAUUAUGUCAUGGCUAAAAGUUUGGUUGGUGGUCCUUUUGCAAGGUAGAUUAAGAGUAGUCUGUGAAUUUGUGUUAGAGAAUGUUUGUCGAGCGAUAAUCUUGAUUAUUAUUUGUGGGGCUUAUGUGUGAUUGAUUGGAGAGACGUACAGGAGAAGAUGAGAGCAAAGGAGAUGGGAGCCAAGGCUGGAGGAGAGUUGGAUUGUUUGGUAUUUAGUUUUUGCGUUGAGAGUUGGUUUAUUUGGGUGGCUAGGGCUGAACAUGAUUGUGUAUAAGAUGUAUGUGUAUGUAUUGAAUUUGGGGAUAAGUGUGUGUGAUUGAGAGGAGUGAAAUUAUGGAUUUUUUUUUU